UCUGUCCCUACCUGUUAACUCCUGCGACAGAUUUCCAUUUUCGGUUUCUGAAUUUUGUUUCCGUCGUUAAAACCCUCUUAAAAGCUCUUUUAAUCAAUUAUUAAUGGAAUAUAUCCUCUGGAGAUUAGGUUAAUAUACAGUCGCUGAAGCUCGAAAUUUUAUUUAAAAGAUUCUUUUUUUUUCUUUCACAGAAAAGUUACUAAAUUUGCCUUUUCUGUUUGUAUCUUUUCCAAAAGCCUUUGGAAGCUCAUUGGAGUUUGAUUUUUUAAUGCAUAUAAUUUUUAGCUCUUUGCAUCUUAUCAGUAAUCAAGCUCUUCUCGCUUAAUAACCAAAGAUAAUUGAACCCAGAAAAAUGCCUCUAAUUCUGCGCAAAAAACCUACUGAACCCAGCAAAAGCUCAGCAUCGGAUUUAAAAACACAAAGCGAGGAGGAAGAAGAAGAGGAUAAUAACAAAAGGAAACACCAAAAGAAGAACCAAAAGAAACCCACCAGCGGAAGUGCAGAGGAGAAGCCCGGAAGCAAACCGAAAUGGUCUUGCAUAGACGACUGCUGCUGGUUCGUGGGCUCCAUAUGCAUAGUGUGGUGGGUUCUACUGUUUCUGUACAAUGCAAUGCCUGCAUCUUUGCCCCAGUAUGUCACCGAGGCCAUCACAGGUCCCUUGCCAGACCCACCGGGUGUGAAGUUGAGGAAAGAAGGAUUGAAGGCUAAGCAUCCAGUGGUUUUUGUCCCCGGGAUUGUCACGGCGGGGCUUGAGUUGUGGGAAGGGCAUCAGUGUGCUGAUGGCUUGUUUCGGAAGCGGCUUUGGGGUGGAACAUUCGGAGAAGCAUAUAAGAGGCCUCUCUGUUGGGUAGAGCAUCUAUCACUAGACAAUGAAACUGGAUUGGAUCCUCCAGGCAUAAGGGUUAGGCCUGUCUCUGGACUUGUGGCUGCUGAUUACUUUGCUCCAGGAUAUUUUGUCUGGGCAGUUCUCAUUGCUAACUUGGCACGCAUUGGAUAUGAGGAGAAAACGAUGUAUAUGGCCUCAUAUGAUUGGAGACUUUCAUUUCAGAACACUGAGGUCCGAGAUCAAACAUUAAGCCGCAUGAAGACUAAUAUAGAACUGAUGGUUGCUACCAAUGGUGGGAAUAAGGCUGUUAUUAUUCCACAUUCCAUGGGUGUUUUGUACUUUCUGCAUUUCAUGAAAUGGGUUGAGGCACCAGCUCCAAUGGGUGGCGGAGGUGGGCCAGAUUGGUGUGCUAAGCAUAUCAAGGCGGUGAUGAAUAUUGGCGGUCCAUUUUUAGGUGUUCCAAAAGCUGUUGCAGGGCUUUUCUCUGCUGAAGCAAGGGAUAUUGCAGUUGCCAGGGCCAUUGCACCAGGUUUUUUGGAUAAUGAUAUAUUUUCCCUUCAGACCUUGCAACAUGUAAUGAGGAUGUCUCGCACAUGGGAUUCAACUAUGUCAAUGAUACCAAGAGGUGGGGCCACUAUUUGGGGUGAUCUUGACUGGUCACCUGAGGAAGGUUACGUUCCUGGCAAGACAAGGCAAAGAAACAACGACACCAAGAAUGGCAGCCAAGAUGGGAUUGAAAAUGGGGUUUCUCAAAGAAAGAGCAUUAAAUAUGGAAGAAUGAUCUCAUUUGGGAAAGAUGUAGCAGAGGCACAUUCAUCUUCUAUUGAGAGGAAUGACUUUAGGGAUGCUGUUAAAGGACGUAGCAUUGCAAACAAUACUUGUCGUGAUGUCUGGACAGAGUACCAUGAAAUGGGAUAUGGAGGUAUUAAAGCUGUUGCAGAAUAUAAGGUUUAUACUGCUGGAUCUAUUCUAGAUCUGCUUCAUUUUGUAGCCCCAAAAAUGAUGGAGCGUGGUAGUGCUCAUUUCUCUUAUGGAAUUGCUGACAAUUUGGAUGAUCCAAAGUACAAACACUACAAACACUGGGCAAAUCCCCUGGAGACAAAGUUACCCAAUGCCCCAGAAAUGGAAAUCUUUUCCAUGUAUGGAGUUGGCAUACCAACUGAAAGAGCUUACGUUUAUAAGCUAUCUCCUUCUGCUGAAUGCUACAUUCCAUUUCAGAUUGAUACAUCAGCUGACGGGGAAAAUGAAGACAGCGGUUUGAAAGAUGGAGUUUACACUGUUGAUGGGGAUGAGACUGUUCCUGUUUUAAGUGCAGGCUUCAUGUGUGCUAAAGCUUGGCGUGGGAAAACCAGAUUCAAUCCUUCAGGAAGUAAAACAUACAUUAGGGAGUAUGAUCAUUCUCCUCCAGCAAAUUUACUGGAAGGCCGGGGCACUCAAAGCGGUGCCCAUGUUGAUAUAAUGGGAAAUUUUGCUUUAACUGAGGAUAUAAUGAGGGUGGCAGCUGGUGCUACAGGAGAAGAGUUGGGAGGGGAUCAAGUUUAUUCAGAUAUCUUUAAGUGGUCUAAGAAGAUCAACUUACCGCUGUAAAUGCAAGGGAUACGGAACCUGAUGUUGCAAGUAAUUCCAUCAAAACAACGUUCUUUUUUGCUUGUGCUUGACCUGAACAUUAUAAUUCUGAAGUAUAUCACCAAAGCUUUCUUCUGGUCUCUUAUCUGAAAGUGAUAUAGAAGAAAGCUGCAAAGCUGGCUGCAGCAUGACAGAUUGGCUUUUCCUCUGAUGUAAAGUUGAGCUGUAGCUGUUGUUGUUGCUUUUAUUAGGUUAAUCAUUUUACAUACAUCUUCUGUAUUUUGUAAUUCUUGUACCUGGAACUUUUAGAAAUGAAAAUGAUAUACCUUAGCAAUAGCAUAUCUUUGGAACUUGGAAGUUGGGACUGUAUAAUAUCUAAUUGAUUUGCUUUUGCUGAAAUCACCAAAAAGAGUCUCAAACUUUUUUCUGCUUUAAAUGGACUACUUUUGCCUGGAAGGUACUUC